AUGGGCCUCCUGGGACUUAUUUUUCUCUUUCUUCUCCAGGGGCCCCUCAGAAGCUGCGCCUUCGCCUUGAUCGCGAAUCCGGCAGGCCAGUUUUCAGGUGUACGUACACCUCACAUCAGGUCCCCAGCCCCCAGCAGCUCUUUUGCUGCUGCAGCAGCAGCAGCAGCAGCAGCAGCACGGGAGCCAGCAGGAGCAGCGGCAGGAGAAGCAGCAGCACAAAUAACGGCGUUACGGGCAGCAGCAGAGUCAUUUGCAGCAGCAGCAGCGGCAGCAUCACAGCAAGACGCAGCAGCAGCAGAAGGAGAGCCACCUUUGUUCCCGCCGUCAGAAGCAGCAGCAGCAGCAGCAGCAGCAGCAGCAGCAAGCCCCCCUGUGUGGUCAAUCAGCGACUUGCCCGACUUUGAUGCUGCUGUUUUGUCAGCAGCAGCAGCAGCAGCAGCAAGACACAAAGUGGAAGAUGUGGUUUGUUUUGUGCGCUGCUCCAAGUGGAGCAGCAAAGACGACGAGAGGGAGCAGGAGCGGCUGCUGCUGCUGCACCCCAGCCAGCAGCAGCAGCAGCAGCAGCAGCAGCAGCAGCAGCAGCAGCGGCGGCGGCUGCAGAAGCACCGGCGGGGGCCCCUCAUGUCUCCCCUCAACCGCCCACAAAUGGCGGAAAACUUGGGCGAAAAAAUUUGCAGCGGAAAAGACGGCAGCGGCAGCAGCGGCUGGUCGGUGCUGCAGUUCGCUCGGGUUGGAAGUGGAGAGGUGUGCCAAUGCUGCCUGUGUCUCAUAGACUCUCUGGCUGCUGCUGCUGCUGCUGCUGCUGCUGGGCCUGCUGCUGCUGCUGCUGCUGCAACAGCAGCAACUAUAGCCAUCGUAGCAAUAGCAACUGCAGCAGCAGCAACUGCAGCAGCAGCGGCAGCAGCAACUGCAGCAACAGCAGCAGCAGCAACUGCAGCAGCAAGUGCCUUCAAGCAGCUCGCCGGCCUGCCUUUAGGCAACCCCACCGGCUGGCGGCGGCACCACCAACUUGUCCUGUGA